AUGGGAUCACGAGAGGCCAUUCUAUCGGUGUUCGAGUGUUUCAGAGAUGAGCUCGACGAUCACAAUGAUAGGCGAGAACGUCUAAUAAAGCAUGGCCGCGAUGUCACGAACCUCUCAAAGAAAGUCAUAUUCCUUCUGCAUCGCAUAAUGGUGGACGAUGCGCCAGACGAUCCUGCAGGCGGCGGUGAAGGCACGGGAGACCGUGCUCGUGCUUUGAAGGCCGCAUCCAGAGGCCGGGACAAACUCCGCGAGGUUCGGGCCAUGUUCGCCAACGUACGACACGAGCUUGUAGGGGACCGUUUCUGGCGGUAUCAGCGACAAAUAUCUCCGGGCCUGCAAGAGUAUAUUGAGGCUCUCAGCUUCGCGCACUACCUCGAAACCGGGAAGCUCAUCAGCUAUAAGGAAGUGCAGAUAUCUCUGUCGGACGACAAGGGAAUACCGUACUUUCCACUUCCGCUUGAAGAUUAUCUCCUGGGACUUUCUGAUCUUACCGGAGAGCUAAUGCGUUAUGCUAUCUCGGCAAUAUCGCGUCGUGGAGGACGUACCAAAGCACAAGAUGUCUGCAUCUUUGUCAGAAACUGCAGGGCAGGCAGGUAUUUUGAGGGUUGGACCCCUUACUUCAAAGAUCUGCGGAAGAAGCAAAACGUCACCUCGCAAUCCUUAGAGAAGAUCGAAGAUGCAGCAUACGCAAUCGUGGUCCGCAGCUCGGAAUACGACCUAUCUCCAGAUAUGCUGGACGAUAUUGUCGCCCGCGCAAUCUCUUUUCACGGUGUGAGCGGUAACGGACGAGGGAGAGGCCGCGACUACGACGAGGAUGGUCCAGACGAUUGA